AUGCCAUUAUUCAAGCCACAGAAUCCCGAAGCUCCUGUUCUCUCUCAGUUCAGUCUCAAAGGCAAGAUCGCAGCCAUCACAGGUGGCGCCAAGGGCAUCGGGCUCGAGGUUACGCGGGCGCUAGCCGAGGCCGGUGCAGACGUCGCCAUCAUCUACAGCACGAGCACCGACGCCGAUGCCAUAGCCACAAAGAUCGGCUCGCAGACGGGCGUGCGCACAAAGGCCUAUCAGAGCGAUGUGCGAUCGCGCGACGCCAUCGCCGCCACUGUCGACCGCGUUGUCGCCGACUUUGGAGGCCUCGACGUCGUCGUGGCCAACGCGGGCGUCUGCGCCGACAUUGCGAGCCUCGAAUACACCGAGGAGCAAUGGCGCGCCAACAACAGCGUCAAUCUCGACGGCGUCAUGUGGACGGCCCAGGCCGCGGGCCGCGUGUUCAAGAAGCAGGGGCGCGGCAACCUGAUCAUCACGGCGUCGGUGAGCGCGACGCUCGUCAACAUCCCCCAGAGACAGGCGGCGUACAAUUCGUCAAAAGCCGCUGUGGUUCACCUGGCGAAGAGCCUGGCCGUCGAGUGGGUGGACUUUGCACGCGUCAAUUGCGUCUCGCCCGGCUUCAUCGAGACAGACAUGCUGUACACGCAACCAAAGGAGCGAUUCAACAACUGGAUGUCCAUGAUCCCUGGGGGUCGCAUGGCUUCAGCAUCGGAGCUCAAAGGGAUUUAUGCUUUCCUCGCCAGCGACGCCUGCUGCUAUAUGACGGGUGCAGACAUUAUUGUAGACGGGGGCUACACUUUGACAUGA